AUGGCCUCCGUGCCGUAUGAUGUGCAGUUCAGGUGCUGCAUCUGUCUGGACACCUACAACAACCCUGUCUCCAUCCCAUGUGGACACAACUUUUGCCUGGACUGCAUCGAAGGCUUCUUGGAUAUGAAGGACAAAAACAUUCCCCAAACCAACUUUUCCAGGCUGACGAAGUUCAUUGAUCCACAGGUGAGCCUCAGCAGCCAGAAGGCCCCGCUCCCAGACAAUCCUCAGCGAUUUGACUCCUGCGUCUGCGUUUUGGGGAAACAAAGUUUCACAUCUGGAAGACGCUACUGGGUGGUUCAGGUUGGAGAUAAAACUGACUGGGAUCUUGGCGUGGCCAGAGAGUCCAUCAACAGGAAGGGGGCCAUCACUAUUCGUUCCGACAGCGGUUACUGGGUGAUCUGCCGGCGAAAAGGUGGCAGUCUCAGCGCCUGCGCCAGCCCCUCCGUCACCCUCAAAUGCCAGGAAACCCCCCAGAAAGUCGGUAUCUUCCUGGACUACGAGAAAGGGUCGGUGUCUUUCUAUGACGCAGAAGCAAAGACUCAUUACGCUUACAGCGGGUGUCACUUCUCUGAGCCUCUCUACCCAUACUUUAACCCCUGUGUUCAAGAAAAUGGAAAGAACGCCGCCCCGCUGAUUAUCUGUCCUCUUGAGGGAAGGGUCAGGGAAGGACAGGACAUAAUCUUUGAGUCAGAUAUGUGAUGUGCCAUUAGAAAGGAUGAUGUUAAAAUAUUAUUAUAUUUUUGUUCUUUUUUUAGAUCAAGAACAUUUUUGAACCUAUUUUGGUUUAAACACAUUUAUUGUACUGUAACAGUAUUCGACACUGACCUGCAACAGGCCGAAAUUCAUCAGUUAUUUCUGUUUUUAAUAACACAACAACACUCUGCAGAAUACAUGAUGCUAUUUCUCACAACAUGAAUUGUUUUCAUUGAAUCUU